UAACAAAAACAUUUUCAGAAAUGGCGACUUUGGAUUCUCCGUUAGAAGUUUUGGCUUUCGACUACGUUAACUUCGUCUUUAACAAUCUUUGGACAUGGAUAGCCGUCGUGACGGCCGCCGUUAGUUUGUGGCGUAUCCGAGCUACCACCAGCAGCGGCGGCGGCGGUAGAGACGACGGUUUCAUAGAAGAAUCUCCUCGUGAGCCACCAAAACCACAAGCCACGAAGGCUGCUAUUGUUGUGGAGACGAAACCUCCUAGAGUUAAGGUAACGGAGACGGAAGAUUGGAGUUUGUUGUUGUGUAAUGACGGAGUAACGAAGGGGAAGCUAACGGUGUACUACGAAGAAGAGAUUGACGCAGAGAGAGAUGAAGAUGACGGAGAGACAACCGCCGUUAAGUAUGGAGGAGGUGAGAGUGGAGAGUGGUGGGAGAGAUGGGAGAGAGUGGUGAAGAUGAGAAAUGGAGAUGAAGGUUGGUACCGUUACGUGGAUUUAACGGUGAUUAACGGAAAUAUUGUGAGGUUGUGGGAUGCUAACGGAGCCCGUAACGGUGGUUGGGUUAGUGUGCAGCGUAAGGAGUGUUAUGGUUGAGACAUGUUGGGGAAAAUUAUAAUUUUCUAAUUUGAGCAUGAUUAUUCAUUGAACCUUUUUGGUUUAAAGACUAUUUUUUGUUGAAUUAAAGAUGUAAUUUGUAU